AUGAGUGACAGGGGAGAAAUAGAAUCUAACGAAAAAGAUCAACACCAUACAGAAGUUGGAUCAGUUCAAAGCGAUGAACAAAAAGAUGAAUUGGUUCAAAAAAUUGAAGCUGAAACUCAUCACAAAGUUCUUGGAUUGAACUAUUAUGCUGAAUCCCAGAAGAUCCCACAAGAAGAAAUCGAUGAACUUUUUCCUAAAAUCAGAAGAAAAAUCGAUUUUAGAUUACUUUCUUUAUUAUUUAUUACUUAUAUGCUUCAAUUCUUGGAUAAAUUAAGUUUGAAUUAUGCUAAUGCUUACUCGUUCAGUGCCGAUUUAGGUUUAGAUGUUGGUCAAAGAUAUUCUUGGGUUGCAAGUAUUUUCAACUUCGGUUAUUUAGCUGGGGCCAUACCUGCCAAUUAUAUUGUUCAAAGAGUUCCUUUAGCCAAAUUUGCUGCUUGUAGUUUAUUUGUUUGGAGUGUUUUGUUAGUUGCUCAUGUUGGAGCUAAAAAUUAUGGUGGUAUUUUAAUUCUUCGUUUCCUUUUAGGAUUAUUAGAAGCUCAAGUCAGUCCAAUUUGUAUGAAUAUGGUUAAAUUAUUUUAUAAAAGAUCAGAUCAACAAUUUAGAGAAUUUUGUUUCUUAAGUGCUAAUGGUAUUAGUACUAUGGUUGGUUCAUUAUUAGGUUUUGGUUUGGGUCAUGCCAACUCAGGAGCUUUAAAACCAUGGCAAUUAAUCUUUUUAGUCAUUGGAUUAAUGAAUUUUGCUUGGUGUUUUAUUUUCCUUUACUUUGGUCCUGAUUCUCCUGCUGAAGCUAAAUUUUUAACCGAAAGAGAAAAGGCUAUUGUUAUUUCUGUUAUUUCAACCAACUCACAAGGUUUACAAGAUAAACAUUAUAAAAUGAAUCAAGUUAAAGAAUGUUUAAUUGAUCCAGCAGUUUGGAUUUUAGUAUUAAUCGGUCUUGGUGCAGGUAUUAUUAAUGGUGGGGUUUCUAAUUUUGCUUCUUCUUUAAUUAAAGGAUUUGGUUUCACUGGUUUAGAUGCCACAAUUCUUCAAUUACCAACAGGUGCUAUUGAAUUCGUUGUUAUCUUAGGUUUUGGUAUUUUAUCAUUAUUUGUUAAAAACACCAAUUUCAUUGCUUUAUUCUUUGGUUGUGCUCUCCCAUUAGCUGGUUUAAUUGGUAUUAAAUUGAUUCCAAAUUCAGAAAAAUGGGCUUUAGUAGGUUGUACUUGGUUACAAUAUAUUGUUGGAUUACCUGUUAUUUCAUGUUGGACUUAUUUAGUUGCAAAUGUUGCUGGAUCAACUAAGAAAACCAUGGCCAAUGGUAUGUGGUUUUUAUUUUAUGCUGCAGGUAAUAUUAUUGGUGCCAAUAUUUUCUUUGCAAGAGAAGCUCCAAAAUAUCAAAGUGCUAUGACAGCUUUAAUUAUAUGUUAUUGUGUUAUGAUUGGUCUUGAUGCUUGUUAUUUCGUCUUAGUUUAUACAAGGAAUAAAAAGAGAAAUCAAUUACAAGGUGGUCAUACUGAUGAUGUUCAACAACAAGCUAUCCUUGAUGGAUAUAAAGAUCAAACUGAUUUUGAAAAUAAAGGUUUCAGAUAUAAUUAUUAA